UUCUACGAUCGUACGACCAUUGUGUUCCCCGUUGUCCUACUCCGAUCCGUGGUCCUUGUUUACUAUGACCUCUUUGCCCUAUCUUGUCCCACAAGGACAACACACCCGUCGCUCUUAUGCUCUCAUCGCGCCUCGAGUCCAGCCAGACCGGUCCUUCUCCCUGAGCCUCAUCCCGCUCUGACGCUUCACGAUCGAUCGCAUGAUGAAAGCCUACGCGCACUUCAAGCCUACACCGGACCGCGCCGGGAGCCCAAGUGGCCGUGCCUUCUUUGAAUACUGGCUUCGCCCAAAGCGCUGCACAGCAGUGACCUUGAGGGCAAUCUACAUCCAUGGCUUUUCGAACAUACCUCCGGCCCACCCUCAUUUUGUUUCCCCACGAACGUUCACACGCCUUUCGUUUGAAAACCCAUCUCUCACGGCCGGAAACGAGCAAGGCCUGAGACAUGCGCAAGACAAGAGAUGGACGGACCAAGAGCAGGACCUCCAUUUACGAGAAGGCUGCUGCAAACAGCAAUCGCGAGGAUCAGGGCAAGCGCGGAGGCAACAGCAGCAAUGCGACCGGCGAUGGUACACUUCUACAUCAUUCCUCUCAGCAGGCAUGACCCGCUGGAGACAAACAACGGGCACAUGCCCACGUUUGCAGGCGCCAUGUCAGCCUUCCUCGGUGUCGGUCUUGGACGACGCGAAGAUUCCCAUCAUCGCCAGCAAACAUGGUCGAAAUGGAGACAUACAUCGUGAAAUGGCAUGGGUUGAAGAAGCCUCCAGAUGUUCAUCAUCUCCAACAAACAUAAUCGGAACGCAGAUGCGAGAUCCUGCAUGGCACAGUCCUGCUCUCGGAGCGUUUCGUCAAUAUAGAGGAAUUGCCUCGCGUUGGCCGUAUUGCCAUAUCGCGGCGGAGGUCUUCACACGCCCGUUGACUUU